GAAUUUGUUUAAAGAUUUUUGUUACUCGGAUUGGAGAUGGCCACGUCAACUGCAUCAACGGGAAUGGAAAAGGAGUCCAUGGUUGAAGAGAAAAAGGUAAGAGUGCUGGUGGUGGAUGAUAGUCCGGUCAUCCGUAAAAUCCACGUGGCAUUCAUCCAGAGGCUUGGAGGAGUAGCCGCCACGGCGGAGAACGGCGAGGUCGCGGGGAACAUCCACCGCGCCGGAGCUUCCUUCGACCUCGUGUUGAUGAAUAAGGAAAUGCCCAUAAUGGACGGUCUCUUGGCGACAAAGGAGCUGAGAGAAAUGGGGGUGACGUCAAUGAUCGUGGGGGUGACGUCACUUGACAACGAAGAACACAAGAAGAAAGCUUUCAUGGAGGCUGGACUUGACCAGUGUCUAGAAAAACCCUUGACAAUGCACAAGAUCUCAUCUCUUUUUAACCAUCUCAAGCUUGAUGUGUAACUUUCCAAGUCCUUUUAAAAAAAAGUAUGAAAAUAUAUAC